GGAGGAGGAGGGGGAGGAGUCUGCUUCCUGGUCUCCGGUUCAGCAGAGCAGAGAGGAGUCGUGUUCAGAGCAUCUCCGUUCAGAGUCAAAAGACCAAAACAUAAGAAGACUGAGGGGGGAGCAGGAAAGCUUUAAAGUAUUUAAGCAACAAGGAAACUUAUUGUAGGCUACUCUUUGUUUUCCGAAGUAAUUUUAGUCUGUAAAGAACGAUUGAAAAAGGGAAUAAGGAGGAGCUGGAGGAGAAGGAGGACCUGACACGGAGCAGAGAGACCCGGGAGUAGACGAGAUGUUCGGGAUGAUCAAGAACUCGCUGUUCGGCACCACAGAGGAGACGGAGUAUAAACUGCUGAGCAGCGAGACCAAGGAUGGCGUUAGCUACGAGAUACGGCGCUACGACGCCGGAAAGUACGCGGCCAUUUCGUCUGAGGGCCGCUCGUUCGACCAGGUCACAGCAGAGCUGGUGAGGAAGCUCCUCAUGUACAUCGGUGGCACCAACGACCAGGCCGAGGCGAUGGGAACGGCGGCGCCUAUCACCAUCACCGUGUUCCCGCGGGACGACGGCGUCAUGUCUCGCCGCCUGGUGGUGGGGAUCCGGAUCCCCAUGGCGUACCAGCGCAGCCCGCCGGCGCCCAGCGACAGCGCCAUCCGGAUCGAGGAGCGGCCGGGCAUGACCGUCUACGCCCUUCAGUUCGGAGGCUUCGCCGGGGAGACGGAGUACCGGGCCGAGGCGCUCCGACUGACGCGCACGCUGGGGGAGACCGCCCCGUACCAGCGCAAGCAGUACUUCUGCUGCAGCUACGACGUGCCCAUCAAACCGUACGGCCGGCGCAACGAGGUGUGGUUCCUGCAAGAGGAGCCGUAGGUUCUUCAUCCACCUCAGAACCUCCCUUCCUUUUCCUUCUUCCUGUACCUGACGCCUCCCCCACACAACCGACAGUCGUCUGGGCCUGAAUGCUGGAUGGGUAGAGGGAAUAUUAAGGUUCUGGAGCUAGUAGGCAGAUGUUCUCCACGAUGGCCCGGUGAUAGACACCGCCCCCUGGUGGGAGAGUUUAAAACAUCUUUGCUGCACCACUCACACAUAAACACCAGUACAGUCAGUGCACCCCCCCCCCUCCCCCCCAGAUGAAAUUAGCUUCGGAAUCUUCUUAUAAUAUAUUUUUUAAUCGUUUUUCUUCAAUUAUAAAAGGAUAUGUUAAAGGGUGCAGGUUUGGUAGGGCGGUAGAUUUUAGUUGUUCUCUUCGUGGUUCAGACCCUGAAAAUCAAUCAAUAGGCAAACAUAAAUUAAGUCUGCUGGCUGAGCAGCCGUCCUGGAGAGCGCAGAGCUAAAGGUCGGGUUACCGACUGGACUUAACCCGGUGCAACAGGUCAGAUGUUGGGAACUAAAUAUUUCAGGCUAUAGGGGUGAGGUCAGCCCUUUAGGUACUGCAGGUCUGAGGGCAGAGUAUAGAGUUCACAGAACAUCCUGCUCGGCCCGAUAACAAGAUAUGGUCGGCCUGGAAACACUCUGAAACCCACUCUAUACCGUUCUAGUUGUUUGUAUCAAGUUAACACACGUUUUAGGCUUUUGUAUCCAUCCUGUCAUGUUACAUUGCACCACUUGUUUGAAAAAAGCACAAAUGAGUUCUGCACAAAAACUAAACUGAAAAACUAGGAUGUGAGCCAUAGCCAGGUGUGAAGAUGUUUAGUGUACCGUAUAUUACUGGCUUCUAUGUUUAUCAAAAUCAAAGCAGUUACUGGUGAAUACUUUGUAUUGAAAAAUGUUAUUUAUUAUAAUUAUGAAAUGGUGUUAUGGAAUACUUUGUAGUGUGUGAUUUUCUGUGAAAAUAUGGAGUGUAGAUAUUCGUGAGAAUAUAAUAGCCAUUUACUUAAUAAAUAUCUAGUUAGUAUUAAGUGACUGUUUUUUCUUAUAUUGUGUUCGUUAAAGAUUGUAUUCGUUCAAGCCGUUACGCCUAUUACAUUAAACCAACACCAGUGGAAACUACUAUACUUUUAUUGUAACUUUUAAACAUAUCCAGUUAAGGAGUUAGAAUUACAAACGAGCUAUAGGGCAUUUGAUUCAUUCAAGCAAGCCAAGAUCCAAAAUGGAGUUCCCAGAGCCUCAGUGACCGGCUCCAUUAGUUACCUAGAGCGGGCUUUUAAGGGGAAUAAGCUAACCACUUUCAGACAUCUUCUCACAGGUGGAACACGAGA